AUCAACACGCCGGAACUACGUUUAACAGGACCUUCUGUGCGCGCAAAAAUGGAGGAUAACAUUAAAGACCUCAGCCGACCCCAGAUGUAUUUGUUUGGUUGUUCGUUGAAAGCUGACAAGAAAGAGCACAAAAUUGACUUGGAUGAUGAUGAGGCUGAACAUCAGCUGUCACUCAAGUCGGUGUGUUUGGGUGCUGAGGCGGAGGAUAAAUUCCACACCGUGGAGAUGGAGGGAUUGACUUACGAUGGCAAAACCACCAAAAUCACUCUUGCUGUAUUGAAACCGUCCGUUCUGCCUUCUUUAAGUCUGGGCGGUUUUGAGGUAACUCCUCCUGUGUCCUUUCGACUGCAGUCCGGAGGGGGGCCGGUCUACAUCAGCGGUCAGCAUUUUGUGAGUGUGAAGGAGUCAGACGAUGAGGAUGAGGAGGAAGAGGAGAACAACACUUCACCGGUGAAGAGACCGUCCAACAUGACCCUCGCCAAAGUGCCUCAGAAAAAGCUGAAAAUGGACUCAGAUGAGGAUGAAGACAGCGAUGACGACGAUGAUGAUGAUGAUGAUGAUGAAGAUGAUGAUGAUGAUGAAGAGGAUGAUGACAAGCAAGAAAAGCCUGCUGUAAAGAGUCCUGUCAAAUCCACUCAAAAAACUUCUGAGAAGAAGAAAAGUGCGGAUAAGCAGAAUGGCUCUCCAGACAAGAAAGCGGGGACAUCAGGGAAGCCCCAAACUCAGACACCGCAGAAAGUAAAAGACAAGUCUGCUGCAGGGCCUUCUGGGAAGACUCCCAGCAUUCCCAGCCUGAGUGAAGUCAAAAGCAAACUUACAUCAGCAGCUAAAGAGGGGAAGCCAUUUCCAAAGACGGAACAGAAGUUCGAGAACUUCGCUAGAAGCUCUUUCAAGAUCUCUGAUAAGCAAGUGAUCAAAGACCUUUGGAACUUUGUACAAUCACUAAAAAAGUAAUGGCUGCUCUGCGCUCCCCGUCCCGUCCCAGUGCAGCAGAAGUCUGCGGUUCGCCAGUAAACGGCACUUCAGCUGUACGAUUCUGGCCUCGUCCUGUGUUAAUGAAAUCCGCCUGCUCUGCUCUUCUCUGUCGAGCAGAAGAGUCCUCGGCAGGGGUUACAGAUAUCAUGCAUCGUCUUUUAUAUUCUUUAUUUUGUUUUAAAUGAUUGUUUUUUUCGUCAGGUCCUCAAUGGUUUCUUAUAGUGGGAUGCUUCUGAAGGCAUCUCUUGGUAACUCACAAAAUGUUAUCAAACAUUUCCAGAUCUUAUGUAAGUAAAAUUGGAAGAGAGGGAGGAAACUAAACUGUUUAAAGAAAAUGAAAGCUAUUUUAAAAUUUAAACCUGUUGCAUAAUAACAUUUUCCCCUUUUCUUAUUAUUAUAAUGCAAAAAAGUAAAUGGAAUAUUGGCAGAUUUAUAGACCACGCAAGAAUUUGUUUUACACACUGAGUAAUUAAUUAAUUAAAGGAGUCAGUGUAAAAUUAGUGGGGAAAUGUUCAUGUAAAAUAGGUUAAUGGUCAUAAAAUAUGUUUGUUUUCCUAAUA